AUGGAGGCUGUAGUUUUCGACGGAAAGUCGCUGACGCUUAAAUAUGAACCGAAUUAUCCAAUGCCGAAGAUAACUAAUGACACUGACGUCAUUGUCAAAGUAGAAUAUUCCGGAGUCUGCGGCACCGAUCUUCAUAUUAUACAGGGCGAGUUUCCAGCGUCCAAAGAUAGACCGUUACCUUUGGGCCACGAGUUCAGUGGGAUCGUCCAUGAGGCGGGCAAGGCGUCAAUCUUCAAAAAAGGCCAGAAGGUGGUUGUUGACCCCAACCGUGCCUGUAAUCUGUGCAACUUCUGCCGCGACGGCAACUACCAGUACUGUUUGUCGGCUGGCAUCAACAGUACGAUCGGCAUUUGGCGGGACGGCGGCUGGGCUCAGUAUACGCUGGCACCCCAAGACCAGGUCUACGCCCUGCCUGAUGGAAUCACCACGGAGCAAGCCGGCCUCUGCGAGCCAUACUCAUGCGUCUCCCACGGCUACGAUCGAGCGCUACCUUUACCGAUUGGCAGCAAAAUCCUCGUAGUUGGUGCUGGAAUUAUCGGGAAUCUCUGGGUUACAGUUCUUCACCACCAGGGGCACAGGGAGGUGACCGUUUCCGAGAUGAACAAGGCCAGAUUGGAAAUCGUUAAGAAAAUGAAUACGGGUUUCAGGCUCAUUACGCCGGACGUGCUCGAAAAAGAGAAGCAGUUGUACGACGUGAUCAUCGACUGUACAGGUGUUGGCAAAGUGAUGGAAGUGAGCUUCAAUUAUUUGAGACACGGCGGUAAAUAUGUGCUUUUCGGAUGUUGCCCACCCACACACAAGGCGACCGUGAACCCUUAUCAGAUAUACGACAAAGAGUUGACAAUCAUUGGAGUCAAGAUCAACCCGUUCAGUUUCCCGAAGGCGAUCGGCUGGCUCAAGGCAAUGGGCAACAGAUAUCUUGAUUACGAAAGCCUCGGCGUGAAGACCUUCAGGUUGUCGGAGUACCAGAAUGCGCUGGAUGAUCUGAAGACUGGAGUCAUCUCUAAGGCCAUCUUUAAAGUCGUU